AUGUCUAGCCGAAGGUCACGAUCAAGGCAAUCAGGUAGUUCAAGAAUCAGUGAUGAUCAGAUCCUUGAUCUUGUUACGAAGUUGCAACAACUUCUUCCUGAGAUUCGCAAUAGGCGUUCUGACAAGGUUUCAGCUGCCAAGGUCUUGCAGGAGACAUGCAACUAUAUUAAAAGCUUGCAUAGAGAGGUUGAUGAUCUUAGCGAGCGGCUGUCCGAGCUGUUGGAAACAACUGACACUGCCCAAGCUGCAAUAAUUAGGAACUUACUGAUGCAAUAG